AUGUUUGCAUCUGCUCACGAGCUGCUGCUGUAUCAGCAGACGUUGUGGUCGGAGAUUCGCUCUGGUACUACUACUACAGACGAGACAUUGACGACGGGGUGGAGCGAGCAGAGUAAAGCGCUGAUGCCGCCAUCAGUGGUUGGCCACUUGAUGGCCAAGAUGACGCACAAGAAAAAGCACGUGAUGGAAAGCACACGAGAGAGGCUCGUUUGUGCUGGGGACGACUUACCGGUGGACGACGCGAUCGACGAAGCUGCAGAGAGGGUUGGCAUCGUGGAUGAAGUGCUGCUAGCUGAUGAAAAUAUAUACGUCAACGUGUUGAAAGCAUGUACGGAGAUCGAGGAUUUCUCCACGUUUGAAGAUGCGUUCCGCGGGAUGGUUGCUCGAGGUGUAGCACGUAGUGCUGGAUUUGGGUCGGCGAUCCGUUAUUGUCACAUGCAGUUGGAUCCAACCUUUCUCGAAGAAGUGUUGGACGAGGUAUUCUAA